CACUAUAAAUUGGGGUCCCCUCCACGUCUCUACCGUCAAACAUUUCGCUCACCCACUUAAGAUUUUCCUUUCCGAAGCAAAAUUGAGGAGAAAAGAAGAAGACAGGCGCGAGAAUCCAUCAAUAAUGGCCACCAAAGUUUACAUUGUUUACUAUUCCAUGUAUGGACAUGUCUUGAAGCUGGCAGAGGAAAUUCAGAAAGGAGCUGCUUCUGUAGAGGGAGUGGAAGUCAAAUUAUGGCAGGUGCCAGAAACAUUGCCACUAGAGGUUCUUGAGAAGAUGCAAGCACCGUCAAAGGGUGAAGCACCCAUCAUUUCACCAAACGAACUUGCUGAAGCUGAUGGCUUACUGUUUGGAUUCCCUACAAGAUUCGGAAUGAUGUGUGCUCAAUUCAAAGCAUUCCUGGAUGCAACUGGAGGUUUAUGGAGAACUCAAUCACUUUCAGGCAAGCCUGCAGGCAUUUUCUAUAGCACUGCUUCUCAAGGAGGUGGACAGGAGACUACUCCCUUAACAGCCAUUACUCAGUUGGUUCAUCAUGGAAUGCUAUUUGUUCCGAUUGGAUAUUCGUUCGGAGCUGGAAUGUUCGAGAUGGAGAACAUCAAGGGCGGAAGUCCCUACGGUGCUGGAACUUUAGCUGGCGAUGGCUCGAGACAGCCCUCUGAACUUGAACUUCAGCAAGCUUUCCACCAGGGAAAGCACUUUGCUGGCAUUGCAAAGAAGCUCAAGGGAAACUGACUGUUUUCUAUAAUAUUGGUCAUACUAUGCUUAUUAUUUGUUCUCCCUUCCAUUAUAUGUAUAGCUAUUCUCUAUUCUCUGUUGAAGAAUUUGCUAUGUCCUGUUGAAUAUCUCUGUGUUGCCUUUUACUUGUGUAUCUAUUGAAGCUUACACAGCUACCAAACACUAUUAUCUAUCAAAGUUGUCUGUUGUGUAUUUUAAUGUAAACUGUUAAACC